AGAACAGCUGCACAGCUUCUGCAAGUAGCCGAACAGUAGCCUAUGCAGACGUAGUUCUAGACGUUUUCUAUUUUGCCUUUGUGUUGGCGUGUUGGCGAAAUCUUCAUUAUGCAGACAUCGAAAGUUUCAGACACUCCUAUGGAGUUCAUUGUGGACUACCUGUCCAAAGCCAAGGAGAUAGCUGACCGCGAGACCAGCAGUGUCCCGGAGGAGCUGCGGACUAACCUACAGAAAGCCCUGGACAUGGCCAGCGGCCUAGGCGGCUAUCUGGACCGGAUGACCUGCCCGGAGAGCCAACCUCUUGCUGAACUUUAUGAGAAGACACUGAGUCAUGACUGGUCCAACGUACACCAAGAGGGCCAUACCAUGUUCUGUCUUCCCAAGGAGUGCAUCACAGGACAUGUGGAAGGCCAGGUUUUGAAGAUGCUCGUGCACAUGUGCAAAGCCAAACGGGUCCUUGAGAUUGGGAUGUUCACUGGCUACGGAGCGCUGUCCAUGGCGGAGGCACUACCUGAAGAUGGGAGAUUAAUUGCCUGCGAACAUGAGGCCUACCUGAAGGAAUUCGCUCAGCCCAUUUUUGACAAGUCACCUCAUGGGAAUAAGAUAACCAUCAAAAUUGGGUGUGCAUCGGAUACCCUCAAGGAAUUAGCAACAGCAGGGGACCAGUUUGAUAUGGUGUUCAUAGACGCAGACAAAGGCAACUACAUCAACUACUACAAGUUCAUCAUGGACAGCAACCUCCUCCGCAUGGGCGGAGUGAUAUGUGUAGAUAACUGUUUGUACAAAGGAAGAGUGUAUCUCCAGGACUCCGAGGAUGCCAAUGGUUUGGCCCUGCGAGAGUUCAACGAAUUUGUCUCCAAAGACCCACGUGUGGAGCAGGUGAUGAUUCCCUUAAGAGAUGGCAUCAGCCUCAUCCGCAGACUACCUCCAUCAGAGGCCUCGUGUGCGAUGAACAGGGUGACCAACGAUGACGUGUUCAGGGGGUUACGAGGGAAGCCUAUCCUGGAGCGACUGCGUCUGGAUGGGAAGGUGGCAUAUGUGACGGGGGCUGGACAGGGUAUAGGCAGGGCCUUCGCACACGCCCUCGGGGAGGCAGGGGCCAAGGUGGCUGUGGUGGAUAUGGACCAAGGGAAGGCAGAGGCAGUGGCAGAGGAGCUUGCACUGAAAGGGAUCCCUAGUGUGGCAUUGACGGCAGACAUCAGCAAGCCAGAGGACGUUGAGCAGAUGAUGGAGGCCAUUGUGAGCCGGUGGGGAGGCGUUGACAUAGCGUGCAACAACGCUGGCAUCAACAUGAACUCAGCCAGUGAAGACACCAGCUUAGAGGAGUGGGACAAGACCUUCAGUGUCAACCUGAGGGGGACUUUCCUGUGUUGCCAGGCUGCAGGGCGGGUGAUGUUGAAGCAGGGCUAUGGGAAGAUCAUCAACACCGCCUCCAUGGCCAGCCUAAUAGUUCCUCACCCCCAGAAGCAGCUGGCCUACAACACGUCCAAGGCGGGGGUGGUGAAACUCACACAGACGCUGGGCACGGAGUGGAUCGACAGAGGCGUGCGCGUCAACUGCAUCUCGCCGGGGAUUGUUGACACCCCUCUCAUCCAUUCGGAAUGUCUGGGGCCGCUGCUGCAGCGGUGGCUGUCAGAUAUCCCUGCUGGACGGCUGGCUCAUGUGACAGACCUGCAAGCCGCGGUAGUCUACUUGGCAUCUGAUGCCUCCGACUACAUGACAGGGCAUAACUUAGUCAUAGAGGGUGGGCAAAGUCUGUGGUAGACAGAGAGAGAGAGAGAAACUUUGCCUUUGUUCUCUACCGUAUUCAUGAAGGAAUGAGGGAGGGGCAGGGGGGAGGAAGAGAAAGGGGGAGGAAGGGGGAGAAAGAGGGAGAGAUAGAGAGCAAAAAAAAUAAGAAAAGAGAAAAACACCUUAACCACCCACAAGGGAGUGUUACAGUGGCCAGUAAACUGUUCCUGAAGACAACAAAUGAAUGCACUCAGAGGUCACUGUCAAGGUCGUUCCCAUAGCGAGACAGGCUCUCCUCUCAAUGCACUCCUGGUUUCCUAUGGUAACGCAGCUGUGGCUAGGUAAGGAGUCAUUCAUUCAAAGGGACCAUUGGUUGAGGAUUCGGACUAACUGUAGUGUUCUGUGUCAUUCCAAAAGUGUUUCCCUUGAUGUACUUUGACCUAUACAGAUUUCUGGAAUAAAAUGCUCUG